AUGAGCCCAAAACAGCCCAAAAUAGCCCAAAACAGCCCAAAACCUCCCGGCGGCUCCGGGACGGGACCGGAACCGAACCCGGGACCGGCUCCGGGCGCGGCGGCGCCGUCGCUGCAGGUAAUUAACGGGGGCGGGGCCAUUAACCAGGUAAUUAACGGGGGCGUGGCCAUUAACCAGGUAAUUAACGGGGGCGGGGCCAUUAACCAGCUAAUUAACGGGGGCGGGGCCAUUAACCAGGUAAUUAACGGGGGCGUGGCCAUUAACGAGGUAAUUAACGGGGGCGGGGCCAUUAACCAGGAGGAGGAGAUCCCGGAGCUGGAGAUCGACGUGGACGAGCUGCUGGACAUGGAGAGCGACGGCGCGCGCAGCGCCCGCGUGCAGGAGAUCCUCGUGGACUGUUACAAACCCACCGAGACGUUUGUGGGGGAUCUCCUGGAGAAGAUUCGGGGGAUGCAGAAACUCAACACCCCCCAGAAGAAAUGA